UGUCUUGAAUUUACAUUGAAUUUGUGUUUAAAUAGUUUUCAAAUUCUUAGAGAUUACAUACAAUUUACAAAGAAAAAAAAAAGAAUGUUCUUUGGUUAUCGGAAAUUCCUUGAUCUAGGGACUAAUUUUCAUGGGGAUACACAACGUGGUUUAACAAAGUUGGCAGUGGGACGCGUUAGAGAAUAAAACACCUUUAGCAAGUUUAAGCUUAUGUAUGGCUCAACUCAAAGCUUUGAAAUUGCUUUAUAAUAAAAGAAUCCGAAGGGGACAAAGAAGGGGUUGGUAUUCAAAAGGGAAACUUGAUGAUGAUGUCUGGGUCAUUUUAUAUAGCCAAAGACAGAGAUUCAAGACCGCAGGGUGAUGACAGCCAUUUUAUCUGUGAAGAGAAGCAGACAAUUGGACUGGCAGAUGGCGUUGGUGGUUGGAGCAGCCAGGGUGUUGAUGCUGGAUUAUAUGCCAGGGAACUCAUGAAUAAUUCUCUUCUUGCUAUCCUGACACAGCCAGACAGGCAGGUGGAUCCAAUGAAGGUUUUGGAUGAGGCCUUCAGGAAGACCAAAGCUAAGGGAUCAUCAACAGCUUGCAUCAUAACCCUUCAGGAGGACAAUAUGUUGCAUGCUGUUAAUAUGGGAGAUAGUGGGUUUAUGCUGAUCAGACAAGGUGCCACCCUAUACAAAUCGCCAAUUCAGCAACACUCUUUCAAUUACCCAUAUCAGCUGGGAAAUUCUGCAAAUUCCAAUAAACCCUGGCAGGCACAGGUAAUCAAGCUUGCGGUAGAACCAGGAGAUGUUAUUAUAGCUGGAACAGAUGGACUAUUCGACAACUUGUCUGAAAGUCAGAUAUUGGAGACUGCAGCAACAGGGAUUGAACGAGGUUUACAUCCAGAGGAGGUUGCCUGGCCUGUUGCUCAACAAGCAUACCAUGUUUCCAUGGAUAGAGAAGCUGUCACUCCAUUUAUGCAAGCUUCUAUGAUGGCUGGAAAAAGUCACAUCGGUGGAAAGCAAGAUGAUAUUACCGUCAUCGUCUCGCGCAUUCUUGAUACAUAGAAUUGUUUGUUAGUGUCCUAUAAUCUACUUAACUGGGAUGUGUCUCGGCAAUGAUCUGUUGGGAAGUGUAAGAUGUUUACGUUACAACUCAUAGGAAUAAACCAUUUAAGCUAAGGUUUAGUCAGCCCCAAAUUUUGCAGGGUCCAUUUAACAGUGGAUUCUUUUCUUAAUAUAUUUGGGAAUCCUUUUUGAAAGGAUAGAGGAAAAUGAAGGUAGAUCUUCACAUUUUACUUCAAAGAGAAAAAAAAGGAAUCAUUCUCGCUUAUAUAAGAUUGUACAUGUAACACGGUCUUUCAUCUUAGCAAAAACAGCAGCUUCCUCAGUCAUAUAUAUUUGAAGUAGAAAGGGCCAUAUCUUCUAGCUGAUUUUUUGAGGUAAAACUAUUAUUAGAACAUUAGAAAUCAACCAAGAUGUUAAAGGGCAAAGUUGUAGCUUAAUGAAACAAUUGCAGUUAAUGAUUCCCAUUCACAAUGUUUCGAAAUCCUAGCUACCAGUUGUAGCCAAUUUAUCCUUUGACAAAAUUAUAUCAAUUGCUGGUCAAUAUCAGGAGUUUGAUCACCCUAAUUUCAGUUCGCACAUGAACUAAGAAGGAAGACAAUCGACAGGCAACAAAGACAUGUAUGCAAUUACAAGUAACAGUUUUUCCAUGUUCCCUAAGAUCGAAGCCAAAAGAAAAAAAAAAAAAAAAAGAGGAAAAAGG